AUACAUCGCACCCUUCCUCCUAGCAACCACCAUAGUGGCCAACACUCUCAUAGUGGUGGUUCUCUCCCGUCGCCACAUGCGGACUCCCACCAACAUAGUCCUGAUGUCCAUGGCGUUAUGCGACAUGUUCACCAUGCUGUUCCCGGCGCCAUGGCUGUUCUAUAUGUACACCUUCGGGAACCAUUAUAAGCCGUUGAGCCCUGUUCGAGCAUGCCAAGCUUGGAAUUAUAUGAAUGAG